CAGGUUUCAUGCUCUGUGUCCUAAUUUUCUCGUAGAGGGAAGACUAUGUAGAUAUAUAUAUAGAGAAGAAAGACAGAGUCCGUGAUCACUCUCUCACUCUCUCUCUCUCUAUCUCUAUAUAUCGACACACCAUAAAAGUUGUUCUUUCUCUCCGUUUCCUUAGCCUCUGCAUCUGGGCGAUUUUCUCUUUCUAUCUCCCUACACCUUAGGGAGUACUGAUCCUAAACUCAUCAUCUUUCUAUGCCUUCCUCUUUUCUUUCACUUAUUUUCUUUUCUAUUUUUUUUUCAACUAUUACUUUGCGUAAAACUAGCGAGUCAAAAAUAAAGACACUUGCAUGAUCCUAAUAUAAUAUUAUAAUAUAUUGUAAUUAGAGAAAGAGAGAGAAGAGAAGAAAGAAAGUGGCAGUAGAUUCUUAUGGAUUUUUGUAUAAAGAAACAUGAAAAAAUGGGUUUGACCGAAGAAACUUUGAGGAUGAGUCUAUGCUAGGGUCCAAGGGUUCAUCCCAAGAUCCCCUCUUCUUCUCUUUAGAAACUCUCAACUUCUUCACAUGGAAAUCAAUUCCCUAUAGUACCAAAUCCUACUACUAUUGAAGGUAUGUUUAUACUCUAUGGUUAUUUAGUAGAUAAAUUAAAAAAUAAAUAACAUUAAUUAGUACUAGUCUUAUCAUAUAUUUAUGAGCUCAUUUCCUUAUAAAAUAAUAUAAUAUGAAAUUUUAAGCACAAGAUGAGCUUUGCCCAUCGAUAGCCUCAAAACCCAAAAGUCUCUUCUUCUUCACGAGAUCCAAUCUUUUGCUUUUUAGUAAUUAAUUACAUCUUCUUCCUUCUCUUCUCUCUUCUUCUUCCCUCUCUCAUACCUACCUAUAAGCAACACAAAGAACACCAUUGAUCCCAUCUGUUUUAUUCCUUAUAUUUCGUUAAUCCAUCCUACGCAUUCCAACUAUACGCCUUUUUUAUGCAACCCCAAAUAGCAGCUUAAAGAAAGCAGAGAGGAUCUUCUUUUAUUUCCCCUCUGAGAAACAGAAGCCAUUAUUCAAAGAAAGGCUUCUUUAAUUUACUCACAGGGAGAGGGAAAAAAGAAAAAAUUGAAAAACUCCAUUUUCAAGUCAUUAAAAUGGCAUCUUCUUCAACAAACUCACCAUGCGCCGCUUGCAAAUUCCUCCGGCGAAAAUGUCAACCGGAAUGUGUAUUCGCGCCCUAUUUCCCACCGGACCAGCCACAAAAAUUCGCAAACGUUCACAAAGUGUUUGGAGCAAGUAACGUGACAAAGCUCCUCAACGAGCUUCAUCCUUCACAACGUGAAGAUGCAGUGAACUCUUUGGCCUAUGAAGCCGACAUGCGUCUCCGUGACCCUGUCUACGGUUGUGUCGGCGUUAUCUCUCUCCUUCAACAUCAGCUUCGUCAGCUUCAGAUAGAUCUCAGCUGUGCUAAAUCUGAGCUCUCUAAGUACCAAAGCCUCGGUAUCCUCGCCGCCACUCAUCAGAGUCUUGGCAUCAACUUACUCGCCGGAGCAGCCGAUGGAACAGCCACCGCCACCGUGAGAGACCACCACUAUCACCACCAUCAGUUUUUUCCUAGAGAACAAAUGUUUGGUGGCUUGGAUGUUCCGGCCGGUAGCAACUACGACGGUGGGAUUCUGGCCAUUGGACAGAUCACUCAGUUUCAGCAGCCGAGAGCCGCCGCUGGUGAUGACGGCCGCCGUACUGUUGAUCCGUCUUGAGAUUUUAGGGUUUUGGUGGUUCAUCGUUGUCGAUGCCUUGGUGAUGAUGAAAUUACAAUUAAAAAAAAUAUUUGAUGUGGAAAACCAAAAUAUUUUAAACGUAUGGUACGUCUCUCUUGAUGACAUUAAUUUCAGUUUUUAUUAUUAUUAUCACUUAGAUAUAUGAUGAUAGUCACUUUUGUAUUUCUUUCAAAUUUUAUGGACUUGUUCUCUUAAUUUA